AUGCCCGUCGUCGCAGCUCCAGCAGGGCAUGGCCCUUCGAUGUUUGACAAGAUGAAAAUGGGUGCUUUGAUGGGAGGAACUGUGGGUAUGAUUAUGGGCUUUAUCAUUGGCACUGUCACAAUUUUCCAGUAUGGUGCUGGGCCAAACGGUGUCAUGCGUACACUGGGCAAGUACAUGCUUGGAUCGGGCGCCACUUUUGGUCUGUUCAUGUCCAUCGGCAGUGUCAUCCGAACGGAGGGCCCUUACCACGAAGCCUGGCGUCGCGUUCACGGAACUCCCAUGAUGCUCCCGAGAGAAUAUCCGGCGCGUCGGUAA